GGCUCUUCCCAUCGAACAUUUUUUCUCCAUCUCACCACUUUUCUAGUCAGCAAGCAAGCCUGUCGGAGCUUCCAUAACCAGUGCAGGGUUGUUAAAUUGUAAGGAUUUCCUUCGGGUCUUCAUACUUUUUGUUAUUGUUCCAUUGUACGCAUCUGUGUCGAAUGAAAGAGAAACUCAAUUUCAAUGCAUUUAAUGCAUUUUUGAAAGCGUGAAAUGGUGCAGGCAGUGGGAUGCGAGAUAAUGUAAUAUUUCAAACUGCUGCAACACCAAACGGAUGGCGCUUGUUUUAGCCUUCACCUUCACCAUCCACAAUGGAGGCAAAUCAAACCAUGUGAGUGACCUUUAUCGCACGAUGAAUGCAAGCUCUGACGCUUAAAUCGAGAAGAAACAACCUUUGUUAAUCAUCUAAGGGAGAGCUUUUGAUCUUGGGGGAACACAGUGUUGUUACAAUGCCCAAACGGUCCGAGGAGAUGCUGACAGACCUGUGGACUUCCUUGCUGCUUGUGUGGAUUACGUGUGUUCCCUAUACUUCCAUGACUCCCAUCAUCAGCCAGUCCAAAAGUUUACAAACUGGUUCCACUGCGCUCCUACACGGCCUCGCCGAAGGACAAAGAACACUGAGUCGAGCCAAGAGAGGAUGGGUUUGGAAUCAAAUGUUUGUGUUGGAGGAGUUCUCUGGACCAGAUCCAAUUCUAGUUGGCAGGCUACACACAGAUUUGGAUGUUGGCAGCACUCCAAUCAAGUAUGUCCUGGCCGGCGAAGGGGCGGGUACCAUCUUUGCCAUUAAUGAGAAUACGGGAGAUAUUCAUGCUAUGAAGAGACUGGACAGAGAGGAGAAGGCAGAGUACACACUUACAGCACAAGUCAUCAACAGAGACACAGACCAGCCCCUGGAGCCACCCUCGGAGUUCAUCAUAAAAGUGCAAGAUAUCAACGACAAUCCACCACAGUUUGUUGAAGGCCCUUACCGGGCCUCUGUCCCAGAGAUGUCUCAAGUGGGUACAUCAGUCACUAGGGUGACGGCAACAGAUGCAGAUGACCCAGUCUAUGGAAACAGUGCUAAACUGGUGUACAGCAUACUGGAAGGACAGCCUUACUUCUCCAUAGACCCUAACACUGCGAUCAUUAAAAUUGCUUUACAUGGUAUGGAUCGAGAAAUGAGAGAGGAGUACCUGGUCGUCAUUCAGGCUAAAGACAUGGGUGGUCAUAUGGGAGGGUUGUCAGGGACAACGACAGUUACUGUCACACUGACUGAUGUCAACGAUAACCCACCAAAGUUCUCCAAAAGCCUGUACGAGUUUGUGAUACCAGAGGACCUUGGCAUUGGUAAACAGGGGGGCAAGGUGAAAGCAAAUGAUAGAGACAUUGGAGAUAAUGCCAAAUCAACUUACAACAUCAUCGAUGGUGAUGAGAAGGACAUUUUUGAGAUCACUACAGACGCCCAAACGCAAGAGGGGAUCCUUCAGCUAAAGAAGCCUCUGGACUUUGAGACUAAAAAGUCAUAUACACUGAAGGUAGAGGCGGCCAACAUUCGAUUUGAUCCUAACAACGGCGGCCCCUUCAAGGAUACAGCCACGGUGAAGAUUGCUGUGGAAGAUUCAGAUGAACCACCCGUCUUCUCCAAGCCCACGUUUGUCCUCCAGGUAGAUGAGAAUGCCCCCAUCAACAAGGUUAUAGGAACAGUAACAGCCCGUGAUCCGGAUGUCACUGGCAGUCUGGUCAGGUACUUCAUUGAUCGUCACACCGAUCUGGAGAGGCAGUUCAAUAUUAACGUAGAUGACGGGGAGAUAACGCUGGCCAAACCACUGGACCGGGAGACUGAUCUGUGGCACAACAUAACGGUAACAGCCACUGAAGUCCGGAACCACAGCCAGAUAUCACGGGCUAUCGUUGCCAUCAGAGUGCUGGACAUAAAUGACAACGCCCCAGAGUUUGCGACAGAAUAUGAGGCUUUCCUCUGUGAAAAUGGCAAACCUGGUCAGGUGAUACAGACGGUCAGUGCUGUUGACAAGGAUGACCCAAUACAGGGACACUACUUUGAAUACCGCCUCAUCCCAGAGAUGUUAAACAAUCCUAAUUUCACGAUAAAAAACAAUGGUGACAACUCCAUCAGUGUUUUAGCCAAGCAUGACACCUUCCGGCGCCAGAAACAGGAGAUGUAUUUCCUGCCCAUAAUUGUGACUGACAACGGAAAUCCACCGAUGAGCAGCACUAACACGUUGACCAUCCGAGUGUGUGGGUGCAGCAGGGAGGGUAUCGUUCAGUCGUGCAACGUGGAGGCCUACGUCCUGCCCAUUGGCCUCAGCAUGGGGGCUUUGAUUGCCAUUCUUGCGUGCAUUGUACUACUUUUAGUUAUAGUGGUGCUGUUUGUGACGCUGAGAAGACACAAAAACAAGCCACUUAUCAUCAAAGAUGACGAAGAUGUGCGGGAGAACAUAAUCCGCUAUGACGAUGAAGGGGGCGGGGAAGAAGACACAGAGGCCUUUGAUAUUGCCACACUGCAAAACCCAGACGGAAUCAAUGGCUACCUGCCCCGCAAGGAUAUCAAACCGGACCUGCAGUUCAUGCCCAGGCAGAGUGGUGGCCCUAAUGGCGUGGAUGUGGAUGAGUUCAUCAAUGUCCGACUCCACGAGGCCGACAACGACCCCACGGCCCCUCCGUAUGACUCCAUCCAGAUCUACGGCUACGAGGGCCGGGGCUCCAUUGCUGGUUCUCUGAGCUCCCUGGAGACUGCGUCUUCAGACUCUGACCAGAACUAUGACUACCUCAGAGAGUGGGGUCCGCGUUUCAGAAGACUUGGGGAGCUCUACUCAGUGGGUGAAAGCGAUAAGGAGACUUGACCUUAGAUCAACAGAGACCCUUUGAUUUUGUCCACAUACUUGUGUAUUAUGCUAGGGUUUGCCAGCUUUUAGAAACAGCUGUUUAAAAAAGGGGGCCACCUUUUUUACUCUUAGAGUGAAGUAUAGCGUUCGUCAUCUAUCACAUCAAGCGCACAUGUAUUGUUGAGCCAAACUUAACAAAGUCUAUAUUAGGAGGUCUAUGAUUCUUGUGGAGUGUAACUUAGAUUCCGUCGUGGAGUGUCUAGCAGUAUUUUGGGUAUUUGUCAUUUGCUGUGACUGCCAGAAGCAUAAAGACCUGGAUUUUUGGUAGUUGCCUGAUGAAAGAAGACAGAUGGAUUGUGUGACGUUUUACAGCCUCGACAACAUGAUGAAAGUUCAACCUCUAAGGCCACAGAACAAUGGUACUACUGAGUGGACCUCAGAUCUUUUCCCACCAAGCUAAUCGGAAACUAAAAGAAAAAGCAAUAUGGUCUACAUUACAAUGUUGAACAACUUCAAUAUUGGCUUCAAAGGAAUUAGUUUAGAUAUUAUUUGAUACCAGGUGGCCACAUUUAUAAACUGUCUGAGCCAGACGUCUUGCUUUAUACAACUAUUUGUAUUUACACGCUCCCAGGUGUGGUUCGCAAAUAUUACUAGCCUAUAAAAGACUAAAGCGAAAGACAAAAAAAUUGAAAUGUAGAAACUUUGAGGCCUUCUUUUUACAGAAGCAAGCAUUAAAUACAAUUGUAUUCAAAUGUUUUUUUUAAAUGAUCUUGUCGAUUCUUCAUUGUUGUGUUAUGAUUUGUUUUUUAUAUAUCUGUUCUUAUUUGCGUUUUUUAUGUGCUACAGCUUAUACGUCAGUGGGAGUUUAGAUUUAGGUAUUUUCAGCAAUUCUUUCCACCCCUAAAGCUAUUUCAUUGGAUCUAAAAAUGUUUGGAUAUUGCCAUUAAACUGGUAUUUAGAAAACAGGAAUUAGUGUAAAUUAAAAUACAGAUUCAAUUUAAUUUAGAUAUUAGAAGUAAGGAGAACUUUUACACAUACAUAUAGUGUGUGUGUGUGUGUGUAUACUGUUUCUCAUUAUUCUGUACACAGAGUUACAAGUAACCAUUUAAGCACAAUAGCUGGGAUUAUUUAAUUGAUGUGAAUAUUCAACCCCUUAACAUUCUGUUUCAUUUAGGAACCACUGGAAACAUCAACCCAUGAAAAUGAAAAUACAGACUCUUGCAUAUUGUACCACGCUGUAUGAUAGUAGUAUAAAAAAAUACAUGUACAUAGAGUUACUGCUAAUGUCCUUAGCUUUCAUUGAGGUGGUAGGUUUUGUCUAUGCACGUUAGCUCUUGCACAUGAGAAUCUAAGAUGGCACUACAGCUGCGUGCAUACUCAAUUUGUACUGAUACAAUAUAUGGCAGUUCUCAGUAGACUUAACAAUAUAUAUGAAAUAGUCUUACAUGCAGAUCAUAUUUUAUACUGUGCUUUAAUGCUUAUAAAUGUGUAUGUUUAAUUAAUUACUCCCUGUAAUGUAAUCUAAGAUAUCCUGUAUUGUUUCCUACUUUGUGAAAUAUAUUUUUAUAAAUAU